GCACAAAGCGCUCUCUCUCCUACAUUCAAGAAAUACAGAGAGAGAGAGAGAGAGAGAUACAAAGCACUCUCUCCUCCUAAACAUUAUUCACAUUACUUGUUCGACUGUUAAAUCUACAACCUUCUUUGCCCACCCAACUCUUCUGCUUCCAAAUCUCUCGUCUUUUCUUUUGCUUCAUCCAAAAACACGUCUUCUACUCGCUUCCAAGUCACUUCUUAAUCUCUGUUCCCAUUUUUUUCUUCCACAAUAUAAACACCAACCCAAAAAACAUUGGCCUUUCUCAUUGCACAGAGAAAAAGCUUGAGACUUGAGAGACAGAGAAAAAGAAAAUCAAACCAUGGCUGAUCUAGAACGAGCAGGAACAGGAAAACCCAGAGCCAACGACAGUUACAACCCAAACCAGUACUAUGCGGGAACUCAAGAGCAUCAAUGGACAUCCUGGUUGAUUCCUAUGUUUGUGGUGGCCAAUAUUAUUGUCUUCAUUGUGGCUAUGUUUGUCAACAACUGUCCAAGGAACAAUACUGGUAUUGAUGGCAAGUGUGUAGCCAAGUUUCUUGGUCGGCUUUCAUUUCAGCCUCUCCAGGAGAACCCUCUAUUUGGCCCAUCUUCUUCCACAUUGGAAAAAUUGGGAGCUCUGGAGUGGUUCAAGGUUGUACAUGGGCAUCAAGGAUGGAGACUUGUCACUUGUAUUUGGUUGCACGCCGGUGUCAUUCAUUUGCUUGCAAACAUGCUGAGCUUGAUCUUUAUCGGCAUCCGCCUUGAACAGCAAUUUGGGUUUGUGCGCGUGGGGAUAAUCUACCUGUUGUCAGGACUUGGUGGGAGCAUAUUAUCAGCCCUUUUUAUUCAGCGCAAUAUUUCUGUUGGUGCUUCUGGCGCUCUGUUUGGACUUCUGGGAGCUAUGUUAUCGGAGCUUCUCACUAACUGGAGUAUAUACACCAACAAGGCUGCAGCUCUAUUAACGCUUAUAGUCAUUAUCGCCAUUAACUUAGCAGUUGGAAUUCUUCCUCAUGUUGACAACUUCGCCCACAUCGGAGGAUUCUUGGCUGGGUUUCUCCUUGGUUUUAUUUUGCUCCUUCGUCCUCAGUUUGGAUGGAUGGAGAGUCGGAAUCUUCCAGCUGACACUCGUGUCAAAUCUAAGCACAAGCCUUAUCAAUAUAUUCUUUUGUUGGUUGCCUCUGCCUUACUGAUUGCUGGAUUAACUACGGGAUUGGUGUUGCUGUUCAAAGGAGAGAACUUAAACAAGCAUUGCAGCUGGUGCCAUUACCUAAGCUGUGUGCCAACCUCAAGAUGGAAAUGUGGGAACUGAGAGAUGGCCCUCCUCUUCUUUUGUCAACUUCCAUACCUUGACUUGUUCAUCUUGUCUCUGAUUCUUUUCUUCUUUUAUAUAAUAUGUUUCUUUCGUUGGGAACCCUCGCUGAUGUACAUGCAUAGAACACAUGAUAUAUUCUAGUUUGCUUGGUACAUGGAGAUAUGUAGUAAUAUGUAUAUUUGAUACAGAAGAUGUCUUUCCGUUAUAUACAUGAGAUAUUAUUUUUUUCCUUCAAAAUGGAUA